CGCGCACAUUUAUUAUGUCAACAUGAGUAAUGGAAGGGAGAAAAUUAAGGCUCAACUCAGAGAUGAAUCAUUAUGGCGGUUGUUCCACAGCCAUCAAACGGAGAUGAUUAUAACUCGGUCCGGGAGGCGGAUGUUCCCGAUUUUGGACUUCCGCUUGUCCGGUCUGGAACCCGAUGAGUAUUUCAGCUGCACAGUGCAGAUCAUUAGCCUAGACGACUUCCGGUACAGAUAUGACCUGAACAAAGCCACAUGGGUGGCGACGGGAGCGGCGCUUAAACUCGACCAGCGGCGAGUCAUCAAUAGCCAUCCCCACGGGGCUACCCUGGGGAAGAUUUGGAACAGCGAGGGGGCGAAGUUUGACAAGCUAAAAUUGACCAAUCAUAUCAAGCCCUGCUGUGAUCACAUUGUUCUAGCUUCCCUCCAAAAGUACAAAGUUCAACUUGUGAUAACAAGGUUACACGCGACUCAAUGUGAGCGGUUGUUGUUUGACUUUCCCGAGACUGAGUUUAUGGCGGUCACGUGUUAUCAGAACCCGGAGGUGGUCCGCCUUAAGAUUAACCACAACCCAUUCGCCAAAUCCUUUCGGCAAGGAAAAAGACAGCUUAAUCCGGCUGACAACCACCAGUCCCCUCCUAGAGGAAGGAAAGCUCCGCGCUUGUGCUCACCCCCACCCGUGCUCCGCUACCUGUCAUCAAUAUGCAUAGGGAGUGAUAUACCGCCGUUACCGCCAACCACCAUCAGCAGUACCUCUAAUAGCAGCCUUGUGCAGUCUGCAAGACUGGAUUCCCAGCCGUUGGAUCCCGUCUUUCAAAGAUCAUCGCUGCUUGGAGAAUACCUAUCCUAUCAAAACCCUGUGGGCGAUCAAGGAGUAGUCCACCGAUACCCACCCCUCGUACAGAGAAUGGUUAACUCGGAAUUACUGAAUAAUACGAACUCAACUUACACUGCUACUGCUGUCAAAAAUAAUACAAGCCAAGCAAUCGCUAACAUUCGUCCUCUGAUCGAUCAAAGUGCGUGUUAUAGUCUUCCAAUCAGCGGUACAUCUACCAAUCAAAAUACGCGAUGUAGCCAACCAAUCAGCAAUAACAGAUCUGUCACCAAUCAAAACACGCGAUAUUACGAGCCAAUCAUCAACAUCGGUUCUUCAAUCAAUCAGAACACGCGAUAUUACGAACAAAUCCCCAACAACGUUUCUUCCACCAAUCAGAACCCGCGAAUUAACCAAACAUUUAGCCAAAGACAAGCGUUAGCCAGUGAUGGUGCUAGUUAUAGCGAAUCCUUAAGCCCAUUUAGAGCAGUUUAUAAUAGCAUCCAAGCGUUCCCCAACGCUGCUUUGGCGUUAAAUUCAAACACAAGUCAUGCCUGGCCCCAGCUACUUGGUGGGGAAAUAUUUGAUGAUAUCCCUUAUACUGCGAAUUUGCCGUAUUUCUACGGGGAAUUUUAAGAGCCACGGUCCUAAUGUUCAGGCCAGUGUUUCUUCGUUGCAGGGAGAAGAUUGAGUUCUAGCGAGCUUAAAGUAGCUACCAUACGGAAGCGGCGGACGGCAAUG